AUGUCACUCUCCCCCUUCGUCCUGCUGACGUCCUUCCUCUCCCUCCUCUCGGGGACCUCUGCCAUUCGAUUGAUUGAGUCGAAAUCCCUCAAUGCGUGCCAAGACAAUUCCAGUUUUACAGCAAGUCUGUUCAAUGUCGUCUUCACGCCAGACAACUUGACACUUACCUUCGAUGUCGUCGGUGUUUCCUCCAUCCAGGGCAAUGUUACCUUCGGAAUCGAAGUUACGGCGUACGGCCUGUCCAUCUUCAAAGAGACCCUGAAUCCAUGUACACAGAAGAGCUUGAAUGGAAUGUGCCCGAUGAGCACUGGCCAGAUUGAUAUUCAAUCUAACAUUGUGCUCGAACAGAGCACCGUCGAUUCAAUCCCAGGAAUUGCAUACGGUGUCCCUGAUCUCGACGCAAACGUCAAGGUCAUCAUCAACUCUACAACGAACACAGGUGUUAGUCUGGCUUGUGUAGAGGCCAAUUUGUCGAACGGCCAAACGGUUGAUCAGAAGGGCGUGGGAUGGGCGACUGCAGUCAUCGCUGGUUUGGCUCUUGUUGCCUCAGCUGUCACUUCCGGACUCGGACACUCGAACACCGCAGCCCACGUUGCUGCUAACGCAUUAUCUCUUUUCGGAUACUUCCAGGCUCAAGCCAUUAUUGGGCUCACCUCUGUCCCACUCCCGCCCAUCGUUCAAUCAUGGACUCAGAACUUCGACUGGAGUAUGGGUAUUAUUGAGGUCGACUUCAUGCAGAAAAUUGCCACGUGGUACCAGAAGUCGACCGGCGGAACCCCAGCUACGCUUCUCAACAGUCUCACAACUACCUCAGUUCAGGUCCUCAAAAGAUCUAUUGGGAAACGCUCAAUGGAUCAGACUAUUAGUCUUCUUACCGCAGCUCACCAAAUGAGCAAACGAGCUAGUACUACCACCGAGGUCUCGGGCACGUAUGUCGUCAAGGGAAUCAAGAGAGUUGCAUUCCGAGCCGCAAUUGAGUCAACCAACCUCUUCCUCACAGGCUUGAUCUUCUUCUGCAUCUUCAUCUUCUUCACGAUGCUCUUCGUUGCCAUGUUUAAGGGUUUUUGCGAACUCGCUGUCAAAUGGCGCUGGAUGGAGAGCGACAAGUUCCAGGACUUCCGAAAUGGAUGGUUUACUGUUCUUAAAGGGAUCAUGUUCCGAAUGGUUCUCAUUGGCUAUCCCCAGAUGACUAUUCUUUGCUUGUGGGAGUUUACCGAGGUCGACUCUCCCGCCGAAGUGGUCCUUGCAAUCUUCUUCUUCUUUGGAAUGACUGGAACACUUGCCUGGGCUGCAAUGAAGGUUAUCCGUAUUGCAAAGCGUUCAGUGGAUAUGCACAAGAACCCUGCCUACAUCCUCUACUCGGACCCAUCGGCACUCAAUAAGUGGGGUUUCCUGUACGUCCAGUUUAGAGCCACUGCCUACUACUUCAUCCUCCCAUGUUUGGUCUACAUUCUCGUCAAAGGCAUGUUCAUUGCUUUUGGACAGAAUGCUGGAACAGUCCAGGCCGUGGCACUUUUACUGAUUGAAGCUAUUUUCUUGAUUGGAGCCAGCGUCAUUCGACCAUGGAUGGACAAGAGCACGAACACUUUCAACAUCGCGAUUUGUGCCGUCAACUUCGUGAAUGCCAUCUUCCUCCUUAUCUUCACCGAUGUCUUCAACCAGCCAGGCUUGGUGACAGGUGUCGUGGGUGUUAUUUUCUUCAUUCUCAACGCCGCCUUCUCGCUGGUUCUCCUCGCUCUGGUCUUGCUUGCAACAAUAUAUGCUUUUAUUAGAAAGAAUCCGGAUACCCGAUACCAACCGAUGAGCGAUGACCGAGCCUCGUUCAUCAAGUCCCAGACCCAAUUGACUACGGAGCUGGAUGCCUUGGGAGCUACUGCGAGGGGUGAUAUGAAGGGUGGCUACAAGCACAACCUCGAUUUAGAUGAUGAUAAUGAGUCCUGGUCAUCUGACUCAUUAAGAAACCCAGCAAGCAUGCCACUUCCUCCGUCGACAGCCAAUUCUGGUACAUUCCAUGAACCUCCUCACUCGCCGCUGCACCCAUCAGUACCACUUUUCCCCGCAGGUAGCAAUGGUAGCCGUGGACCUCCUCCGAACUAUCAAGACAACUCGCGAUCAAAUAGCGCUUUGGGUAACAGACACACCCCAUCACCUUCUCCAUACCGAGAGAACCCAUCGCAAGCAAGUCUGUCGGCGGGAUACCGAUCGCAAAAUAACGCAAGUCCUGCGGGAUUCAGGAACCAAAACAAUGCCAGCCCUUGGCAACGUGGAGCCGGAUAUGAACAUUAA